CGCGUCGAGGCCGCCGCCGGAGCAGGAGGCGAGGGCCGCCGCCGCCGCCCAGCCAUGUCCGAGACGUACGAUUUCCUCUUCAAAUUCUUGGUGAUCGGAAGUGCCGGCACAGGCAAGUCGUGCCUCCUCCAUCAGUUCAUAGAGAACAAAUUCAAACAGGAUUCCAACCACACAAUUGGGGUGGAAUUUGGAUCAAAGGUGGUGAAUGUUGGUGGCAAAACAGUGAAGCUCCAGAUCUGGGACACGGCUGGGCAGGAGCGGUUUAGGUCAGUCACGAGAAGCUACUACCGGGGUGCAGCGGGAGCGCUCCUGGUCUAUGACAUCACCAGCAGGGAGACGUACAACGCCUUGACCAACUGGCUCACGGAUGCCCGGACGCUGGCCAGCCCCAACAUCGUCCUCAUCCUGUGCGGCAACAAGAAGGACCUGGAUGCCGACCGAGAGGUCACGUUUUUGGAGGCUUCCCGCUUUGCUCAGGAGAACGAGCUGAUGUUUCUCGAGACCAGCGCCUUGACGGGGGAGAAUGUGGAAGAAGCCUUCCUCAAGUGUGCACGGACCAUCCUGAACAAAAUCGAGUCAGGCGAGCUGGAUCCGGAGAGGAUGGGCUCGGGCAUCCAGUACGGAGACGCGUCCCUGCGGCAACUGCGGCAGCCGAGGGGGCCCCAGGCACAGACCAGGCAGCCGUGCAGCUGCUAGAGGCGGGAGCCAAGCGGGCCCGGCGGCCGCCCUGCAAGUGCUGGAACCCGGCUGCUCUGGAUCCAGGGCUGUGUGAAGCACCUUCCUCCGAUCCGUUCUCUGGGACUACAUGCCUCGCCGGCUGAAGCCCUCUUCCUUCCCGAGGACGCCUGCUCCAUCUCCAUGCCGCUGCUGCUGCCCCCCCCCACCUCCUUCCCUCACGAGAAGCUCUGCGAGGACAGCCCUCAGACGGGUGUCCCGGCGGGGGGCCUGCCGUGGGGGUGCCAAGGCCCUUCUGCGGUGCCACGUGGCUGUCCUGGCUGGGAGGUCAGCGGGCUGCCUGCCCACGGGUGGCUGGGGGAUCCACGGAGGCAGCGCAGCCUUUGGGGGAAUUUCCUCUGCCCCGUGGUCACCGGCUUUGUGGCAAAACGCCGUCCUGAUUUGGGGUGAGGGUGUCUCCCCCUUCUGCAAGGAGUAAAUCAUUCCACUUUUGUGGAGAGAGGUCAGUCUAGUUCAUUCAGGGCAGGGAGAGCCCCUGCUGCUGCUGGGGGGUUCUUCACGUGGGGGCACGAAAAUGCGGCUGCCCCCAGUGAGCUGUGUGGGCAGCCGCCCCCCUCCCGGUGGCGUCUCUGGGGCCCGCUGCGCUCGUGUGGGGUCCAGCCUGAGUUUCUCCUGCGUGUGGGUCUUUCCAUUCCUCCGCUCCGCUCCGAGGGCGCUGCUUCAGAUUUACACAAGCCAUAGAUGGUGCCUUUGGCAGGGUCUUUCUCGUGCACGUCCUCCUCUGCCUCUCCCCAUUCCUCGCUCGAGGAUGCAGCCACGGGGCCAGGGCAUCGCUGCCGGUCCUGAGCGUGGCAUCCGCUGAAGGGGGAACGGUGCUUCUCGGUCUCGAGUGAGCCGUAUCGGGUUUACUCAUCACCAGAUGUUCCUGCAUCGGCUGAACCGACGGCACGGGGCCCAGAGCUGCAGAGAAAGAGCUGCCGCUCGCGUGAGUGUCUCUCUUGCAUGGGGGAGGCGGCGCAUGUGUCUGUCCAUCCCUCCUCUGCCUUUGCUCAGAUUCCCUUCUGUUGUUGUGCUGCAAGGAGUCCUGGGGCUUCAAAAGCUAGGUGCUGCAUGCCAGAGCUUGGAGCCCCCCCCCCGCCCACCCUCCCUCCCACUGUGAGGGAUGCUUGUUGCUUGCCUCCCCUCUGGGGCAGCCCCCUUGGAAGCAGCCCCCUUCCGGCAGCACACGGAGAGCCAGGUUGCCAGUCCUUGGUCCUUGGCGGCUAGUGGCGCCCCAAGCUCCCCUGCUGCUCAGCCUGGCUCAGCCGUGGGUGUGGAGGAGUGGUGCGUUGCAUUAGAGGUUUCCUCCUGGGCUAGGGGCCAGCUGCGGUGGCUUGUGCUAGCCUGGGUGGGCAGCUGGCGGCCCUCCGGAGCACGUGGUCUACACUCCCGUCCUCCCUCCAGAAGCGACCCGCUGUGGGGAGGGAGCAGCGGCAGGCCAGGACGCCCGCCCCGCUCGUGCCACGUUUCCUUCGGCUGUGGGGCCUCGCCAGCCACACACUUCUCCCAGCAGCUCUGCGCUUUGACAGUCCUUUGCGUGGCUUUUGAGGGCUCUCCAGAACGUGGCAGAGCGCCAGUCCUCGUGGCAAGACCGGCUCGUUCGAAGCGCCGCUCGCCCAAGGAGCACCUUUGGCCCGUUUGCUGCAAGCCGGGGCGGAACUGAGGGGGUCCCUGCUCCGGCCAGCGCCUGCAUCUGGCGCGACGUGCCGCUGCAUGUCCGGCAGAGAGUGCAGGCACGCCCCUCGGGGUCUGAGGAGCUCCCCGCCUUGCCCGGUCCCUGCCUGGUGGAGGCGUGUUGCCUUCUGCUGGAGCGCCAGAGCUGGUGCCUCUCGCAUGCCUUAUUGGUUGGCUUGGGGAGACCCCCCCCCCCGCAGCUGCUGCAGCAGCUCCUCUGCCUGAGCCCCUCAGAAAGGAAAGUCCCAAGGGGGGGGGCUGGAGGAGCCCGUUUGUACUCCGUUUGUCCUUUUUUUAGUGUAAUGUUAAACUUGUUAUUUAUUACUUCUGUGUUGCAGUCGGAUGCCCGCCCUCCCCUUCCCUGCAGUCCCACGUGCGCCUCCCACCCCACCUGUUUCUACAGGCCCUCCCUCUGCUCCGUGGGAGUCCCCCUUGAGAGUCAUCAAGGGGCUCAGCUUGGGUGGGGUUGCUUUUAAUCUGUGGCAGAGCAGUGGACUGUUACGAAGCAGUUUGUAACCCUGAUCCUCCGGUUGAUUUCCUUUCUAAAUGCAACAUUCCCCCACCCCAUUUAUGGCUGUGAAACUGAUUCUCCUACAUAAAGAGUUUUUUCUUUUCCAAA